UUUUUUUUCCUGACCGCGGCUCAUCUUUCUCUCGCACUUUUUUUUUUUUUUUUUUGAAUAAUAUUCAUUUGGAGGAUGUUACACCCCAGCUGAACAUUUUCUCACAGAAAAUUUUGGGAGUCAAGCAGCAGCGGGAGUUUGUGAAUGGAGGAGACUUUUACGCAUCGACUCGAGUGACGCGCAGCAUUAUUUAAUUAUUUUGUAAAGUUUGUGAAAGUGUCGCAUCCAAAUUCACUUUCUCCUCACUGUUCCUCCGGUUCUUCAAUGGCAAAGGAGCGUUUGAAGGAAACUCGUUCUUGAGUCAAACUUUGGUGAACUUUCUGCAGGAGCGACUUUAAUUUGAUUUAGUCUCCUGGGCUCAUUGUCAUCACAGCCUCUUCUGACUUUUUUUUUUUUUUGGUUUCCUCCCCCGGGAUCCUUACUGAUCAUCACCCAGCUUCCGUUUGGUUUUGGUGGAUAUCAUGCCUUCGAACGGACCGGGGCAGCGCGCUGCGCUCUGCUGGGUUUGGACUUUGGUUUUUGCGCUGCUGCUCCUGCUGCUGCGCGCUGCGCCGGUGGACGGAUGCCCACACAAGUGCAGCUGCUCCGGGUCGCAUGUGGACUGUCAGGGUUUGGGUUUGAAAACUGUGCCCAAAGGAAUACCGAGGAAUGUCGAGCGCCUGGAUCUGAACAGAAACAACAUCACCAGAAUCACCAAGGUGGACUUCUCUGGCAUCAAGAACAUCAGGAUUCUUCAUCUGGAGGACAACCAAAUCAGCGUUGUUGAGAGAGGAGCCUUCCAAGACCUCAGACUGCUCGAGAGACUGCGUCUCAACAGGAACAGACUCCAGUUUCUGCCAGAGCUUCUCUUCCAGUCCAACCCCAAACUCGGGCGACUAGACCUCAGUGAGAACCAGAUUCAGGCGGUUCCCAGGAAAGCUUUCAGAGGAAUCACCAGUGUCAAAAACCUGCAGCUGGACAGCAACCACAUCAGCUGCAUUGAAGAUGGAGCUUUCCGAGCGCUGCGCGAUCUGGAGAUUCUUACCCUCAACAACAACAACAUCACCCUCAUCCCCCUCUCCAGCUUCAACCACAUGCCUAAGCUGCGGACACUCCGGCUGCACUCCAACAACCUCCACUGUGACUGUCACCUGUCCUGGCUCUCUGAUUGGCUCAGAGCCAGGCGGGGCUUGGCUCCAUUCACCCAGUGCAUGGCCCCUGCCCACAUGAGGGGUCUGAACGUCCCUGAUGUGCCAAAAAAGGAUUUUGUGUGCCACGGUCCAAUCCAGACGGAGUCGAGGACUUGUGUCCCUCAGAUAGCAGUGUGUCCACCCAGCUGCAGUUGCAACAACAAUAUUGUGGACUGCCGUCGCAAAGGACUCACUGAUAUACCAGCGAACCUCCCUGAGGGCAUCAUGGAGAUCCGUUUGGAGCAGAACUUGAUUAAAAGUGUCCCAGCAGGAGCGUUUUCUACUUACAAGAAACUCAAGAGGAUUGAUUUAAGUAAGAACCAGAUCUCUGACAUUGCAGCUGAUGCGUUCAGCGGCCUUCGCUCACUCACCUCACUGGUGCUGUACGGCAACAAGAUCACGGAGCUGCCCAAAGGAUUAUUUGAUGGACUGGUUUCCUUGCAGCUGCUGCUGCUGAAUGCCAACAAAAUCAACUGUCUGAGAGUCAACACCUUCCAAGAUCUGCAGAAUCUUAACCUGCUGUCACUGUAUGACAACAAACUGCAAACAAUCAGCAAAGGGCUCUUCACUCCUCUGCGAGCCAUCAAAACUCUUCAUCUGGCUCAGAAUCCGUUUAUGUGUGACUGUCACCUAAAGUGGCUCGCAGACUACCUGUUUGACAACCCCAUUGAGACCAGCGGAGCUCGCUGCAGCCACCCCAGACGGCUGGCCAACAAACGCAUCAGCCAAGUCAAAGGCAAGAAGUUCAGGUGCACAGGCCAGGAGGACUAUCGUAGCCGCCUGAGUGGGGAGUGCUUCCAGGAUCUGGUAUGUCCGGAGAGAUGCCGCUGUGAAGGCACUGUAGUCGACUGCUCCAAUCUCCGACUAACCCGUAUACCUCCACACAUCCCUGAACACACCACCGACCUGCGGUUAAAUGACAAUGAGAUUCCUGUCCUGGAGGCCACCGGGACUUUUAAGAAGCUGCCUAAUUUGAGGAAGAUCAACUUGAGCAAUAACAAGUUACGGGACAUCCGUGAGGGUGCAUUCGAUGGGGCGAGCGGAGUUCUGGAGCUGCUGCUGACAGGGAACAAGCUAACUGGACUGCAGGGGCGAAUGCUCAAAGGUCUUACUGGCUUAAAAACUCUCAUGCUGCGCAGCAACCAGAUCAGCUGCAUUGACAACAGCACGUUCACUGGUCUGAGUUCGGUCCGUUUGCUGUCGCUGUACGACAACAGGAUCUCCAGCAUCGCCCCGGGAGCCUUCUCCACACUACACUCACUGUCCACCAUUAACCUCCUGUCCAACCCAUAUGUGUGCGAUUGUCACUUAGCCUGGCUGGGUCAGUGGCUCAAGAAGACAAGGGUGGUGAGUGGGAACCCUCGCUGUCAGAAGCCAGCCUUCCUGAAGGAAAUCCCCAUUCAGGAUGUGGCCACCCCAGAUUUCACUUGCGAUGGGGCUGAGGAUAAUGGUUGUCCUCCUGCAUCUGGCUGCCCUGAUGCCUGCACGUGCUCAGACAGUGUGGUCCGAUGCAGCAACAGAGGGCUGCACUCUCUGCCCAAAGGCAUUCCCAAGGACACCACUGAGCUCUACCUGGAGGGCAACAUGUUGACAUCUGUGCCCAAGGAGCUGGCAGCCAUGAAGCAGCUGUCUUUGGUGGACCUGAGCAACAACAGCAUCAGUACUGUGGCUCCAUUCACCUUCAGCAACAUGACUCAACUGGCCACACUCAUCCUGAGCUAUAAUCAGAUCCGCUGCAUCCCCGUCCACUCCUUUGACGGCCUCAAGUCAUUACGUCUGCUGACUCUCCAUGGUAAUGACCUUUCAACUAUUCCAGAAGGAGCAUUCAAUCAUCUCACCUCUCUGUCCCACCUAGCCCUUGGUGCCAACCCCUUGUACUGUAACUGUGACCUGCGUUGGCUUUCUCAGUGGGUAAAAGCCGGUUUUAAAGAGCCUGGUAUUGCUCGUUGUGCUGGACCUCCUGAUAUGGCUGACAGGCUGCUACUCACCACGCCACUCAACAGAUUCCAGUGUAAAGGUCCUGUAGAUAUCAGUCUGAUGUCAAAGUGUGCCCCCUGCCUUGCAGCGCCAUGCCAAAACAAUGGAACAUGUGUCUCAGAAGCCACUGGGUCCUACCACUGCACAUGCCCCUUUGGAUUCAAGGGUCAAAAUUGUGAAAUACCCAUCAAUGCCUGUAUUAGUUUCCCCUGCUCUAAUGGAGGAACCUGCCACAUUCAACCCGGUCAUGAAGACCACUUCAGCUGUGUGUGUCCGCCAGGUUUUGAGGGCCAACGCUGUGAGAUAAACCCAGACGACUGUGAAGAUAACGACUGUGAGAACAACUCCACCUGCAUCGAUGGAGUCAAUAACUAUACCUGCAUCUGUCCAGCCAACUAUGCAGGUGACCUUUGUGAAGAGGUGACUGACCCCUGUCUCCAUGGGUUCGACCCUUGUAAGCAUGACUCAAAAUGCGUCCGUGUUGGCCGAAGUUACAGGUGUGAGUGCUUACCGGGCUACGUGGGCCAGCAAUGCGAGCAGGACUAUAACGACUGCCUGGAGAACAAGUGUCAGCACGGAGCCGAAUGUGUGGAUGCCGUCAACGGCUAUACCUGCAUCUGCAAAGAGGGAUUCAGCGGGCUCUUCUGCGAGAACCAUCCUCCAAUGAUCUUGCUGCAGACCAGCCCCUGCGACCAAUCAGAUUGCCAGAACGGCGCCCAGUGCCUGAUGGUUGCUGGGGAGCCCAUCUGCCGCUGCAUGCCCGGUUUCUAUGGCAACAAAUGUGACAAGAUGGCCACAGUUCACUUCCUGGGUCGCGACAGCUACGUGGUGCUGCCUGGCAUGAAGCUCCGCCCUUCGACUCAUAUUUCCUUGCAGGUACACUACAGACAAGACAAUGGCAUUUUAUUGUAUAAGGAGGAUCACGAUCCCCUGGCACUGGAGUUAUAUCAAGGACACAUAAGACUCAUCUACGACAUCGCCAACUACCCACCAACGACUGUAUACAGCGUGGAGUCGGUGAACGACGGCCUUUUCCACACAGUCGAGCUGCUGAUUCAGAACCGUUCACUCAGCCUGGUGGUGGACAACGGCGCCCCCAAGAGCCUGGGCAAGCUAGCGCGGCUAUUGUCCGUGGAUCACAACACACAGCUUUACAUAGGAGGCGUGCAGUCCCAGGUUGUGGCCUCUAGUCUGCGUCCUGGUCUGGAUCGGUACCCUCAGGCUUUUAGUGGCUGCAUCCACAAUGUCCGAAUCAACGGGGAGCCUCAAGACCUGAGUUACCGGGCCAAUGAUAUGGGUGACGGCGUCCUUUCAGGCUGUCAUUCCUGCAGUGUGUGUGCCCAGGGCGCUUGCAGGGAGGGAGGGGAGAUGGGGGUGACAUGUGACUGCCCUCCUGGACGUACUGGUGCGCUGUGCGAUCAGACUACAACCCAAAGUUCUUGUCAGGUGAACAGGUGUGUUCAUGGUACAUGUGUGCCAAAGGGUCAGUCCUAUAGCUGCCAGUGUAAUGAAGGCUUCCAGGGUCAGUACUGUGAUCGACGGCAGGAGCCUCCAGCCUGUAGGGGGCGGCGGUGCGGACAUGGGGAGUGUCAAGUCUCAGAAGGAGGACAACCUGUCUGCCACUGUCAGCCAGGUUACACUGGAUUAUCCUGUGACACAGAGCUGACUUGUCAAGGCGAGAUGGUGAGGGAGCAGCUGAAGCGUCAUCACCCCCUGAAAACGUGCAUAUCCACAACUAAGAUUCCCCGAAUGGAUUGCCCACGCUCCUGCCAAGCUGCAGCACCCCCUGGUGUCUGUUGCGGUACCACAAAAAGCCGAAGAAGGAAGGUGGUUUUCCGAUGCACCGACGGCACCUCGUACUCAGAGGAGAUGGAAACCGGUCUGGAAUGUGGGUGCUCGACGUGCCCGUUGUAACAGCAUACUAAUUUGUUAGUUUGUUAUGCAACACCCACCGCUGCCAUUGUGUGUGUUCUACACAUCAACGUCGCACCGCCACUUCAGAAGUUUCACACAUUUAGUUCAACCUCUUCCAAUUUCCUGAAGGGAGAAUCCACAAGCAAAAAAAUGGGACACGUGCGUGUUUUGUGACAGAGAAAAUAUAUUGUAAGAUAAAUGAGAUAAAACAUAGAACUUAUUUUUAUGAUGGAUUUUUUUUUCUUUCGAGAUGAUGAAUGGACUGAGUUUGUUUGUUUUUUGCUAUGUUGAAUAUAUAAUGUGUUAUAUAGUAUGAAAAGCUAUUUUGUACCUUGUAAGGAAAAAACAUACACACUCAAAUAGAUUAACAUUCCUUAAAAGUAUAUGAAUUUAUAUGUAUGUAUAAAUCUAUAUAAAUAUAUACUCUAACCCUACGAACUUUAUAUUUUGUAAGUGUAUUUGCAUGAUGUUGAUGAGUGGGAGGAGUUGGACACUGAAAGAAGAGGAGCUGUGCGGUCAUUUCAAAGUCACCGUCAGGAAGCAAUCCUAAGGUCCACCGAGAUAGGAAAAGGUGGGCACUCCUCUGCUGCCUCUUCUCUUGGAGGCUUAAAAAAUACUGUACGUGCCUUGCAAACCUGCUUCAUUAUCUAAUGGACAUCAUCCUCACAUGUGAUAAGACUCUCUCCACAGAGACGAUUUAACAGGUUGUUCUAAUGUUGUGUUCUUUGGGUUGCUGUUGUACAUCACACUUGGAGCUUUGCCGGAUAAUGGCUAAU